AUGCGCCGCUCCUGCGCUCGCUCUAAACUCAGGGCUCCUGCUAAGCUAGUGCGGCCGUGUCUACCUUCAGCCACCACCAUGAUUAUCCUUGAGGACCUCAUCAGCCACGAUGAAAUGUUCUCCGACAUUUACAAGAUCUGGGAGGGGCUGCGCCUGGAGGUGGAGGGCAAGAUGGUCAGUAGAACAGAGGGUAACAUUGAUGACUUGCUCAUUGGUAGAAAUGCCUCUGCUGAAGGCCCAGAGUGCAAAGGUACUGGAAGCACAGUAGUCACUGGAGUUGAUAUGGUCAUGAACCAUCACCUGCAGGAAACCAGCUUCACGAAAGAGGCCUACAAGAAGUCCAUCAAAGACUAUAUGAAAUCAAUCAAAGGCAAACUUGAAGAACAAAGGCCAGAAAGAGUAAAGCCUUUUAUGAUAGGGGCUGCAGAACAAAUCGAGCACAUCCUUGCUAAUUUCAAAAGCUAUCAGUUCUUUACUGGUGCAAACAUGAAUCCAGUUGGCACGGCUGCUCUCCUGGACUACCGCAAAAUUGAGGUAAGAAGACCAUCAAGAAGAGAACUUGAGAGCUGUCCCUACUUGGAAGAGAAAUUUGAACCCUUCAUUGACGUUCCUGUUAGUUACUGGACAUGUUCCAUGAGAGCCAUGAAAGUACCACUCUCCAAGUCAAAAGGUGGUGUCAGCUCCACCAGUGAGCCCUGGACUGUGUCCAGCCUUCAGAUGCUGAGCAAAUCUAAUCAGAUGGAAGCAUUCUGGGAACAAGCCUUGCCACAGAAUGGAUGA